ACUGCCGAGUCAAGGUACAUUUAAACAGAUCUGUGGAAGAGGAAGGGUGUUGUCUGUCUGGAGAGAAGACACGCACUGAUCCCACAACACAACAACAAAAACACUUGGUGUUCCCCUCGUCUGGACUCCACAACGCGCCUCCUUCUGUCAUCCCCGAGUGUCCAAGAUUUCGGAUAUGUCCAACGUCGAGUUAUCGAGCAGCGCGCUGGAGAGGCUGGUGGCCCGCAGGACCUUUCCUCUCCACAGACGCACCGGCGUCUGCCGCAGCCUCUUCGGACCAGUGGACCACGAAGAGCUGAGCCGGGACGUGAAAGCCAAGCUCCGGGAGAUUUCCGAGCGCGACCGACAGAGAUGGAACUUUAAUUUCGAGGCCGACACCCCUCUGGAUGGAGAUUACAAGUGGGAGGAGGUUCCCGAGGAGAAGAGCCCGGCGUUUUAUCGGGACUGCGUGCAGAGCGGCCGGACCCCUGCGACGCCCGUGAAGCAAAGAGCCUCCUCGGACUGCGCUCUCCCGGAGAACCCGAUUGUACUGGAGCGUUUAGCGGUUCCCGAAGGCAGCGGCGCUCCGUGCGCGGCGGAGGUGAACCAGGAGAACCGCGCACAGAAAGUCUACUCAGGGAGGACGAGCAGACAGCUCCCGUUUACGGGGCGCAAAAGGUCGGCGUCCGCGGACGGCAACGCACGCAUCACAGAAUUUUUCGUGAAACGAAGGAGGUCUGCUGACAAAAAAACGAAUGAAACCAGCGCUUGCCAUCUCUCCAAGUCAGCCAUCCUGGUGGAGCAGACUCCCCGAAAAAGGAUCCGCUGAAGGUGGAUUUUUGCACUAUUUCCUCCGUUUUAUUUUACAAUGCAUGAUUAUAAAAAAACAAAGGAUCCUUAACGCCGCGGCGGUGGAGGAAAGGACGGGCCGCGAAGAGAAGCCGGCGCGCCUGGAGCGACCUGCGGCGGAGCGCGGCUUCACUCUCAGGACCGGAGGAGACGUAGGAGUUUGAGGAGGAGGAAAAAAAAAAGAGGAAACUGCGCCAGAUGACUUAUAUCCAGUACAAAUGUAGCAGACAUUGUUGCUUUUGCAUGCAGCCACUCGACAGUGUUAAAUGUUUUAACAUCUGUGCAAUCCUAAAAAUUUCUUUAAAAGAAUACACUGGCCAAAAGUGUACAGCUUUAUAGAAACAAAAGCGUAUUUUAUUUCUGUUCCGGGUUUUUACUGUAAAAUGUAUAUUUUUUAAGUUUAUUCUAACUUAUAAGUUAUUUAUGUUUCUCUGUAUUUGUUAAAAGCCUUGUUGAUUUCGGCAUAUUUUAUUAUUUACAUUUUUUUUUGCAAUCAUGUAACUUUAGUUGACUUGAAAACUAGUUUCUUUGUGUGUGUCUGAGCCGUUUUUUGUGCUUUCAUACUGAUUGAGUCCUGUAAAAGAUGAGAAUAAAAAAUGUCUUUCACUUUA